UGUACGGACGAAAGUCCAGUUGCGAAAACUUUCCUGUGCUGUUUCUUUGUUGUGCUCUAGGGUUCUCGUUUCAAAUUCCCACUUCAGCUCAGCACAGUGACCUGUGCUGUAGUUUGUGUGAGAGUUGAACUGCUAUUGUUGUCAUGGGAGUGCAUGGACUGUGGAGGCUGCUGGAGAGUACGGGGAAGCCCAUCAACCCCGAGACACUAGAGGGAAAGAUCCUUGCUGUUGACAUCAGUAUUUGGCUGAACCAAGCAGUGAAGGGUGUAAGGGACCGUGAUGGCAACAGUGUCCAGAACGCCCACCUUCUCACUCUUUUCCACCGCAUCUGUAAGCUUCUGUUCUUCCGUAUCAAACCAGUCUUUGUGUUUGAUGGGGACCCCCCAUUACUGAAGAAGCAGACCCUGGCACUGAGGAGACAGAGGAAGGAGGAGUUGACCCGUGAGUCCAAACAGACCAAUGAGAAACUGCUCAAGACAUUCCUGAAGAGACAGGCCAUCAAAGCUGCUCUUGGAGACAGCAGUAAAGAUCCUCUACCCAGCCUCUCGAGCGUGAGGAGAGAUGAGGUGGAUGACAUGUACAUUCUGCCUGCCCUUCCGCCUGCAGAGGAGAAAGAAAGAAGCAGCUCAGAGGAAGAAGAGGAGGAGAAAGAGUGUGAAGAGACGGUUGACAGUUAUGCAUAUCAGGAAGAAAUUUAUGAUGACCCCAACUCAGUGGACAUCAACUCUGAAGACUUUGCCAGCCUGCCUCCUGAGAUGAAACAUGAGAUUCUCAAAGAAAUGAAAGAGUUUUCCAAAAGACGACGGACCAUGUAUCAGAAACCUCCAGAGCGGUCAGGAGACUUUUCACAGUACCAGCUGGCUGGUUUGCUGCAGAGGAAUCGACUGAACCAACGUCUGGAGGGAGUUGAGAAGGAGAUGAGCCAACGCAGUGCUGGCAGCGCGCCACAGCUCGGUCAACAUGAUGAAGAUCAGCAGAGUCACAAUGUCGAGUCAAAUCGAUUGGUUUCAGAAGACCACUCGCACUAUAUUCUUAUCAAAGGGUCAAAAAAGAAAGAGAUUACCCCAGAGAGCCAACCUGCAACUGCACCCUGGUCUGGAAGCUCCUUGUCAGGCUGCAGAAAAAGGAUUAAGGACAGACCAGAGCCGUUGUGGCGACCUGUUGGUGAGAAAGAAGUAUUACAGGCUAUAUCUGAAGAGUCCAAAUCCUCUGUGCCAAAACCACCUAAGGUAGAUGCAGCUCCACCCUCACCUCGCACACUCAAGGCAAUCCAGGCUGCUAUGAACGAUAGCUCAGAUGAGGAGAAGGUGGGCCAGGUUAGAAGCGUGUCUCCACGUACGCUGAUGGCAAUACAACAAGCUUUAACUGAAGAGGAAGAUGGAGCAAGCAGCUCAACUACCAAACUGCAGGCAAGUCUUCAUCAUUCUGUGCCACAAGUGGUUAUCAGCAGCUCAGAGGAGGAAACCCAGCCUUCACCCAAAGACGAAUUAGAUUUUAAGAGCAAUAUGACAGGCCAGAGCCCCCAUACCAAAGAUGGUUUGUUUGUUAGUAGUUCUGAAGAUGAGAUGGAGGAAAUGAUUGGCCAGAGAAAUAGAGCACUUCGAUUUGCGGCACUGCAGCAAAAUCCCAAGACAAAUGUGGAGUCAGAAGAGUGGCACGCGAGUCAAAAAAAGAAAAAAAAGCUAGAGGAUGGAGAAUCAGAGGAAAAACCACAGGUUGCUGCAUCCAAUCAGAACACAUUACCCAUCGAUCUCUCUCCUCCACCAUGUGGAAAACCCACCAGCACAGUAACCAGGGUUCAUCCUACAUUGUUAGAGCAGAGGAAGAACAAGCUCACUGAAGCUUUGGAAGAGAUAAGUGGAGAUCAUGUGAAGUCACAAAGCAGCGAGGAAAGCGAGUCAGAAGAGAGCUUUAUCGAGGUGUCAGAGGAAGAAAUCAAAGAAGAGGAUGCUGAUGAUUCAGUUGUAAUGACUGAAGAGAAAAGUCCCUCAGGGGAGGCCCAUAAAGAUGGGAUGAAGAAGGAAGAAGAUUCAGAAGGAAGUUUGACAAACUCCCCCAGCCAACCAGCUACUGCUCUGAAUUCAAAGGAAGAAGAGGAAGCAGACCGUCAAAAUGAAGAGAACGAAGUGAAGGAGGGGACAGACACAGAAUCCAGAUCAACACCAGCAGUCAAUGAAUGGGACCACCUUGACAUGGAUGACCUGGAGGCUCUGGAGAGCUCCUUACAGAUGGAGCAGAGCAAUCUGAGGGAGCAGAAACAGCAGCAAGAGAGAAUGGCGAACACAGUCACUGGGCAGAUGUACCUGGAAAGUCAGGAGAUGCUGCGGCUGUUUGGGGUGCCAUUUCUGGUUGCUCCAAUGGAGGCCGAAGCUCAGUGUGCAGCACUGGAUCGUGCCGAUCAGACUCAUGGGACCAUCACAGAUGACUCAGAUGUUUGGCUGUUUGGAGGACGCCACGUUUACAAGAACUUCUUCAGCCAGAACAAAUAUGUCGAGCACUACCAGUACAGUGACCUACAGAAUCAGCUGGGUCUGGACAGGACUAAAAUGAUAAAUCUAGCUUAUCUGCUUGGAAGCGACUACACAGAGGGCAUGCCUGGAGUUGGAUAUGUGACUGGCAUGGAGAUACUGAAUGAGUUUCCAGGGCCAGGGAUGGAACCAUUAAUACAACUGAAUCAGUGGUGGUCUGAGGCUCAGGAGAAAAAGCGUCUGGUGGCUGAUCCUCGGGAUACGAAGGUGAAGAAGAAACUCAGGGAUAUGAAACUGCAGCCUGGCUUCCCAAACCCUGCUGUUGCUCAGGCUUACUGGCACCCUGCUGUUGAUCAGUCAGACGGCUCAUUCAGCUGGGGGCGCCCACAAAUUGACAUGAUCAAAGAAUUCUGUCUGAGUCGUUUUGGCUGGAACAGUCGGAAGACAGAAGAAACUCUUCAGCCUGUGAUUAAGCAGCUAAACAGCCAACAGACGCAGCUCCGCAUUGACUCAUUCUUUCGCAUGGAGCAACAAGAUAAGCAUUCGAUCCGUAGCCAGCGACUCCGACGAGCAGUUACCUGCUUAAAGAGGAAGGAGACAGGAGGAGGAGGAGAUGGAGACAGUGAGGAGGAAAUGCCUUCCCCCUCCAAAUCUAAGAAAGAAAGUCUGAAGAACAGAGAGGGACAGAAGGAAGAGGGGCAGUCUGCAGUAGCUGGAGGAUUCCUAGGUUCAGAGAGGAUUGGUGAAUCUCCUCUUGCAUCUCUCAAGGAUGUCUGCUGCUCUGUUCAGGACUCCCUCCCAGUAAAGGCUGCUGUUCAUUCUGCUGAAACACUUCCUCAGAGGACCAGGGGAAAAAGCAGCACCAGCAGCUCCGGUGAGGACAGUGAUGGUGGUAGAGGAGUUGCUAUGGUUACCGCCCGAUCAGUGUUCAAAGGCAAUAAACGAGGCCGUGGCAUAAAGGGCACAAGAGGAAGAGGAAGUAUGAGAGGAAAAGAAAGAGGGAAGAAGCUGUGAAUACCUCAAACUUAAAUAAAUUUUAAUGUUAAACAUGUCACGCAAUCUUCCAAAUGUCUCUGAUAUUUGACAUUUAUGGGGUUACCUGAUAAACUGAGCUUUCUCUGUAAUUUAGACCAUGAAUUUUGUAAACAGUGAUUCUGAUGAUAAUAUUGUUUUCCUGUUUUAAAGUAUAUAUGUGAGAGGAACUGUAUUAUUCUGCAUCAAAUCUUUGAGCUACAGAACCAGUCAAAAGUUUGGACACACUUUUCCAUUAAAUCCAAAGGGUAAGUGUGUCCAAACCUUUGACAUUUUGUAUAUUUUUUUCACUUGUCAUUCACUGCAUUAUGUCAACAGUAAAAAUGUGCAAGUUUUCUGCAUUUUACUACUUCAUGCAAACCAACCGACUCUGCCUUAAACACAGUUUGUAUGGCAAACUAUAAAAGAACAUUGAAACAUGUCUGCAUUA